AUGUUCCCUGACGAGCUCAAGGGACUCACGCUGGUCGAAGAGAAGCUCGUCUCGCUCAACUCCUGCUAUGGGCACGUCAAGGGCCACAUCACAGUGUUUCCCAACAACGUGCAGGAGCUGGCGACCAAGGUGCUCCGCACCCCUUUGCAAGCACUGGACGAGAUCCACGUUUCGUGGCAGGGCGUGGAGAAGCCGGCACCGAGCGACCUGUCGAGUCUCUUGUCGGUGAGGCGGCGGGUCGUCGAGAGGGCUCUUGUUUGGCUGAAGAGGAGCAACCCCCACUACGCCGAGAUCGAGAUCGACGUGGCGGAGAUGGAGAGUUGGGGAGACCCGAUAGACGGGGUGCCGGCCUUGGUGUAUGAUCGCAUGGAGCGGAACGAGCCGUCCGCAUGGGAGAAAACGCGGACGGCGCACGUUGUGCCGCCCACGGAGCGCGCCAUGGACGACGAGGGGUCGGUGGAGAUCGAGGAACUCUUCGCUCUGCUCAACCAAAGGCAGGAAACGGGAGGCGAGGCUGAAGGGCACGGGCCCAACGAAGAAGGCGCGGGUCGUGAUGGAGUUGGUGCUAGCCCCGAUCAGAACGUUCGACCAAUCAACGAGCUGCGGUUUGCCUGUGACGCUGUUGGCGCAGGUGCCGACGACGGCCGCGCGGGCCCGAGAACGGGUCGGAUCCUCGGUGGGGUCGAGGGCGUGGCGACGAUGGCAUCGCUCAUCGUUGGCUACGGCGUUCCGGCCAUCUGGUUCACCAUCAACCCAAACGACAUUACGAACCCGGUGAAGCUGCGACUGGCGGCAUAUCGGACACGCGAUCCCGGCGCGGCCGAGGAGUUCCUAGAAGGCCUUGGGAGUGCGUACAAGCGGACAAGGCUGGCCAUGUCCGAUCCGAUGAGCGCCGCCGUAUUCUUCCACCGGGAGAUGAAGCUGUUCUUCGAUCAUUACGUGAAGGUCGGAGAAGAGUCGGUAUUCGGGCGCAUCGGCAAGUACUAUGGCGCUGUGGAGACCAACGAACGAGGGGCGCUUCAUGUUCACGGCUUGCUCUGGUUGCACGGAAACGCGCAUCUCAGCUCGAUGCUUGCCGACAUCCACGGGGAGGAUCAGGCGGCGUAUCGCGAGCGAAUCAUACGAUACGUCGAUAGUGUCUUCUCCGAGGAUCUGGAUCAGGAAGGGUUCUGCGCCGUGCAAGCGGAGCGAUCUGUGACGUCCGAUAUUUCCUCCUGCUGGACAACACCGAGCAGUUUUCGGCCGCAUUUGACGAGGAGGCCAACUUCUGUGCCGGCGCUACACAGGUUCACACGCAUAGCCCGACCUGUGUCAAGUAUUCCUUGGGCAAAGGAGCGCGGAAAGGGAAUCUAUGCCGACGGGGUGUUGCAGAUCCGGAGGACUCACAGCAUGGUCAAUCGAUGGAACAAGGCUAUCGCUGUUGGGCUCCGGCACAACCACGACAUUUCCUUCAUUGCGACGCAGCGCAAGACCAUGGCCCUUAUGUAUUAUGUCACGAACUACGCGACGAAGGUGGAGGACCCGGUGUGGAAGCGUGUGGCGGCCGCGGCCGAUCUCCUGGCCGCCUCAACGGGUGACGGCACGGCCAACGGAGGACAGGACGACGGUGGAGGUGCUGUCGAGGUCGUCGCUCAUCUUCUUGGAUAUCCGGCCGAGUUCACCAACAGCAGCGCCUGGGCGUACCUGAACACAUCUCUGCUGUACUGGGAAGUCUUUCGACGGUGGCCGUAUCUCCGACGAGCAAGUGGCGCGGCGGCCAUAGAUGAUACUCUGGAUGAGUCGGUCGUUGUCGAAGAAGCAGGCCUGAGGAUCUCCCACGUUGAGGCGUACCAGCACCGGGGAGAGCUCCUGCGAGGGCUAUGCUUAUACGACUACAUAUCGGUCGUUAGACUAAAACGCACCAGUAAGGAUGAGCUGAGACGCUGGGUCCAGGUGCUCAGGCGGCCGGGCAAGCAUGCUACCGUCUGCCUCGAUGGCUACCUGAGCAAGGACUUCGGCCACAACGACGACGAGGAGUCGUGCCACCGGAGGGCAGCCGUGCAGCAUCUUGCGCUAUUUGUGCCGUGGAGUCCUUUCUGUGCGAAGAAACAGGUGAGAUCAAUAGCAUCUGGGAGCGGGCGCGAGGCGCUGGCCCCGAGAAUAUCAUGUCUCGUCGACAACGUGCAGCUGCUUCGACGAUCAGCCGAAGACGCAAAGCGCGACGCCAAGCAAUGGGCGGCCUCAUCCGGCGAUGGCGAUUCCACGGUCGCCCACGUCGAGGAGGGCGAGACAGGCGAGGCGGGCGCAGAAUUUGCAGCGACGUAUCGGUCCAACAACAUCGGAGACGCAACGCGCCUGAUCGACGUCGUCCGAGGCGCAGUGGGCACGAAUCAGGUGACGGCCAAGUCGCCGGAGCUCAUGGCAAUGAUGCGGCAGCUCUGUCGAUUCCAGCAAUCGGCGCUCUGCUCAACGGCCGAGCUCGAGGCCAUCGCGAUUCCCGAACAAGGGUUGAGGUGCAUAAGCAUGCCAGGGCGGGUAUUUUCCGGGGCCGCACUACCGCCGCAGGAUCAGGUCAAGGCUAUCAAGUCGCAGCAGAUAAGGACUGCCGCGGCGCAGAUCAACGGCAUCACGAUCCACUCCGCCUGCGGGUUCACUAAAGACCAAGGGGCGGGCGGCGCGAACACAGCCAAGGACCUUGACGGGGUGCGGCUGACAAAACGGGCGGAGCGGUUCAUCCACGGCCAGUCUCGGAUGGACUGGCAGGAGAAGGACGUGCUUGUCAUCGACGAGAUUUCGGGGAUCCCCAUCGUCCUCUUCUGCGGAGACUUUCAGCAGUUCCGGCCGGUCCAAGAGAGGUCGAUCGUCCUGCCGAGCGCGGCCAUCUCGUGGGACGUAGACAACUCGUUCAAGGCCGAGCAGCGGCACCAGCACGACAAAGCGCACGCGCUGUGGAAGAGAUUCACGACGGUCGUCAUGUUGAACGAGCAAAUGCGCGCCGCCGGACCGCACGGAUCUGGACCUCCUCAACUCAGGUGCUACCGCGAGGGCAGGCGGAUCCCUUGGGAGACUGGCAUCACCGUGGUGACGCCGCUGAACAGGAAUCGGUGGAACCUAAACAUGGAGGCAAGCUUGGCGUUCCGGGUCCAGCAGCGGUCGACGAUGCGCAUCUUCAUCUCCGAGCACAAGUGGAAGGAGGGCCUGCCGACCGAGGAAGAAGCGAUCAUGGUACUCAAUCAAGGCGACGAUAGCGCGAUCCCCGUGCCGGCCGUCUUCAUGUUCGUGGCCGGGAUGCCGGUCGUCGUGAACCACAACACCCAUCAGGGGCUGAAGCUGGUGAACGGCGCCGGCUACUCGGCGGUGGAGGUCAUUGUCGACAAGGCGUCCCCAGGGCAUCGAAUCUCGUCCGACAUGACGAUCCACUUCGGCCGCCGGCGGGAUAUUACUGGAAUCGGCGACGACAAAGGACCUCCACUUCGUCGGGAUGCCGCCGGGCACGAUCUUGUUAACGCCGAUGAGCCAGCCUUCGCCUGCACGGACUACAAGGUGCAGGGCAGAACGCUAGAGCGCGUGGCCCUGGAGCUGCGGGGGACACGGACGACGAAAGUCGAUGGAAGGGCCGUGCCCUCGCAAUGCGACCCGUACAGCUUAUAUGUGCAGCUAUCGCGCUGUCGAACGCUAGACGGCAUCACGCUCGUGUCCAAGGUGCGGGAGAGAGACUUGGUGGGCAACCGAGUCCCCGAAGAGAUGACCGCCGCGCAGGCCAGGCUGGAGGUGCUAAGCGAGAGGACUGUCGAGGAAGCUUUGCGUCGGUCGGAUGGCGACGCUGAAGAGUCAAGGAGAGUUGUCAGGUGA